CAGAUCUCCAUGCCUGCUGGCAGCUAUAUGUUGGAGAGCAGCAGUAAGCGGGUUUAUUAUGAAGACCUGCCAGUUCUGUGGGUGCUGGAACUGGAGCUUCCCCGAAAUUGCAGAAUCCAGCCUUGGACAACCUGCUAGAAGAAGCUAAUGCAUUUCUGCACUUGAUACCCGCAUAAUUCCCUAGAGUGCUAUGGCAUAAUCUAUGUAUGAUAAUGAUGCAAUGUCAAACAUUUUCUUAUUUGCCAGAAGUGGGCGAGCAUGUGAAACUGCAUUUUCAUGCCUCCAAGGAAAUAACCUCAUGACCAAAGUGACAACGUAAAGAGAUGACAGACGUGGUGGCAUGAAUAGCCUGUAAAGAUUUGAUGUGUGCGUGUGGCUAUGUGUUAAUUACAUGCCAUUGCGAUUCAAUGUUUCUUUUCUAAAUAUGCGAGAUGUCACUUUCCGAUCCUGCUCCCCCCAAUCAGCACUAAAUCAUCAGUCUAUCGCGGAUAGGUUGGUUGUUCUGCUGUGAGCGCAGCGCGGAAUGUGUCUGGGAUGCAACCAGUAGUUUAGACUGACUGACUGACUGCUGUGAAGAAGUAGUUGCGCAUCACUGACGGAUUCCAGCGCCGCGGAAACCGCCGAAAGUCACGUCUUUCUUCUCACUGAGCUAAAUGGCUCGGAUUUACGACAGAUACGACUUAUGCAGAUGAGUGAUUCGAUUCUAUAAGCGUUUGGGAAAUGCAAACGAUUGUCCGGCUAUAAAUUCAGACGCCUGACGCUCGAGCAGCCAUGCAUGUGUGUAGCUUCGUGGGCUUUUUGCUCCUCCUCCUUUUCAUCAGCAGGAUCAUGGAUGGCUCUGUUGCGAACACUGAGGAGAUCUUGCCCCCCACCAUUCAGAAACUGAUGAAGGGAUACAACAAGUACCUUAGGCCAUUCUUCGGCAAUGGCCCUGUUACUGUGGGAAUGAGUCUGGAUAUCGCCAGCAUAGACACAAUAUCAGAAAUCAACAUGGAUUACACUGCUACCAUCUUCCUUCGUCAGCGCUGGACUGACGAACGCUUGUGUUUCGAUGGCAAUAAGAGCUUGAGUCUGGAUGGGAGGCUGGUUGAGCUCCUCUGGGUCCCCGAUACGUUCAUUGUGGAUUCCAAGAAAUCCUUCCUGCACGACAUCACUGUCGAAAACAGACUGAUCCGGAUAUUCCCCAAUGGGACCGUCCUGUAUGCCCUCAGAAUUACCACCACAGUGGCCUGCAGUAUGGACCUCACCAAAUAUCCCAUGGACAGACAGACCUGCAUGCUGCAACUUGAAAGCUGGGGAUAUAACGUGAAAGAUGUUGUUUUCUAUUGGACACGGGGAAACCAAUCGGUUAGCGGCCUGGAUCAUUUACAGCUGGCACAGUACACCCUUGAGGAUCAUUACACCUCUGAAUCUGAAGCUGUUUAUGAGACUGGUAACUACCCGAAGUUGAUCUUCCACUUCAAACUCAAGCGAAGCAUCCUGUAUUUUAUUCUGGAGACGUACGUUCCCUCCAGUGCUCUGGUGGUCUUGUCCUGGGUCUCCUUCUGGAUCAGUCAGUCCUCAGUACCUGCUCGCAUCUGCAUAGGAGUGACGACAGUUUUGACUAUGACCACCCUGAUGAUGGGCGCCCGCACCUCCCUACCCAAUGCCAACUGCUUCAUCAAAGCUAUUGAUGUGUAUCUGGGCAUUUGCUUCAGCUUCAUCUUUGGUGCACUGAUUGAAUACGCAGUCGCCCAUUUCUGCACGUUACACCAGCCCAAUGCUGCCAACGCAUAUAUGUAUGGCCAGGAAAUGCAGGAGCGCGAGGAUGAAAUGAACGGCAUCGUCACCUCCUUCGGCAGCCACGCGUUGCGGGCCCGCAAACGGGAGGAGAUGCUGUCCCGCAUGGGCAGCGUCAACAACCCAACCCCCAGUGAAAGUAAGGAGGACGUCAGCUCCUCGCAGCCACAGACACGCUGCACCAAAUGCAUGUCGAGGGCACGUCGAAUCAUACGCUGUCUGUACUGCUGCAAGGUGGAAAACCCACACUACAUCGACAACUACUCCCGCCUGACCUUCCCUCUGUCCUUCGUCAUCAUCAACCUCCUCUACUGGACCUACUACUUGUACUUUUAAACCUCCUGCUCUCUGUGAGUGUGUGUUUGAGGCGUUUACAGUCAUGUGUGGGUGUGUGUUUGUGUCACAGUUUUCCUAAGGGUUUACGCUCUUACAUGUCAGCAUGCAUUUCAGUUCAGCUCGUAUGACUGACUGUGUUCAUGUCAUCCAAAUGUGCGUCAUUUUUAUUGUGGUGCGAGGAGGAUCUGAGUGGGAUUUGGACCAUCUCUGCAUUUGGAUGAGGAUUCUACAUUACUGUGUCAGGAAUAUGUGGCCUUCGUUUUAUGAUGGAGCUUCAGAUUUACUGAAGUUCGCAAUAAAAUCGGCCUAGUUGUAAAGUACAGUAUGAUUUUAUGGGUAAUACUUUAUGAUAAGGUAACAGUUGAAUUUUUAUGAACUAAAGUUAAAAAUAUCAACAAAUCUGUAACAAAUUUAUUGCUAAUUGUUAGCUAAAGGGACAGUUCACCAGAAAAUUAACAUUGUUAACCCUUAAUAGUUUCUUAACUCUUAUGUAGUGUUGGAGGUGUUUUCAUCCACUCUGGGGUGAUUUUGAGUCUUAAUUUGGCCAUAACUUUUUUGUGUUUCAGCUAGCAAAAUGUUUUUGGUGACUAAUCUUAUUUUGAGAAAAUGCUUUGAAUUAAAAAAAAAUACAACUAAAUUCAACAGUACAUUCUAAGCAAAUUUACUACCCCAUUGUUAUGUUAGGGAUGAAAACAUCCACUGAACUAAACUGCUGUAAAAAAUGCACCAGACAAGUAUUAUUUCAAAUUGUUUUGGAUAAAUCUGUUAAUCAAACUCACUUCAGAUCAAAACUACUAAAUUGGUUAGGAAAUUACAGGAUUUUAACUCUUUAAUUGGCAAGUUCAACAAUAAUGUCUCUGAUUUUGUUUACAUGGACAUCGUUAAAUGAAUUAUUUGCCUUAAUCUAAGACAAUAAUAUGAGUAAGGUGUUUACAUGAGUUGCUUUUUGAAUGUUCCUUUUAUGAUCCCGUUUUACAAGUUAUUGCACAUAAUUCCAUUAACGUCUGCGUCUCCGUGCUAUCCACGUGUCCUCCGGAGUUUCAUGUAAUUUUGGGUGUUUCAUUUUUAAUUUGUGGACUUUAACUGCAGUUUGGCACUUUCACU